AACUAACUAGGUUUGGCCAGAGUAGUGUCAGAAAACAGUGCGUUACUGGAGGCUCCAUAUAGGAGAAGAAACGCCACACUUACAAGAUGAGUCCUGUGAUGAUUUUUGCUUUCGCAACGUUGGCAACACUGCUGGUAUCAACAAGGGCUGCGCCCCCAGAAAAAGCAUGCACGGAAAAUGAGAAACCGUGCAAGAGCCACAGCGAGUGCUGUGGAGGAUGUUGCCAGCAGGAUAAAUGCGCUCCUUACUCGGACUCCUGCGUGAGUGCCUCCAACCCUUGUAACUUCUACGACUGUCCACCCAACAAGGAAUGCUACCUCCAGGAAGUCCAAUGUCUGCAGUCACCGUGCAAGCCCAUCCCAGCCUGCAGGUCCAAGGAUGCCGCCGACUACGACUAUAACGGCUAGGGCGAAAGGGCGAAGCCCUAAAGCUUAUAGUCGUGAAGAUCAAAGUUACUUUCGAAGUCCUUCACAAAUUGCGCAUAGUACCUUGUACGUUUCGUGUGAAAAUGUGCAAGAAAAGUUAGAGACACUGUUUUGAAAUACUAACUCAAAAAUCAAUGACAUGUUUAAAAUAUUAAUACAGGUUUUCAAUUUUCAGUCACAAAAUUUUAUUUUACAUCAUUGAGCAAUUGUAUAAUGUUAAUUGGAUAACGUGGAUUUAGUUUUUCUGUACACACUAACACACUAAGUAACGCAGGAGAUUGUUGCUCUAGGGUACCUUUUAGACAAAACAAAAUUUAGUGUAGGUAAGCAGAUUUGACAAAUCAAAAGAGGCCAACGUAAAAAGCAAAAGCCAACCCAAAUCCAUGAGCUACUUGCAGAGUCUCGUCCAAAUAAUGUCAUCAUUAGUAGUUUUUCUGUAGUUUUCUGGUUGUGAACCACAAUAUUAAGUUAAACUGGCAAAGAACGAUGCAUUUGUUUAUUUUCCUCAAUUUUUAGUUGUCAAACUUUAUUAACCCAUGAAACAUUUGAGGAAAGACCCUUCAUUUCUACAAAAAAAAGCGAUCAAUCUUUGAUUAGGUCGUCGGCUAAAGAGCCAAAUAAACAGACAAUAACCAUAAAAUAACACAACGUAUUAUAGUUAAAGGAAACUAGAGUUCAAAUUCAACCUAAGAUACUGCGUUCACUUGCACUUAGCAUGUAUUGUACUUUAAUUGUUGUUAGCUUUGUUAUUAGUGUUUUGUUACGUUAUGAACAUUUAUGUAGUUUUAUAAUAAAAUGGUUUUGGAAAAAAUA